AUGGGGCAGCGAUCAUCCAAAGUUCGUAACAAGAAAUCUGGAGGUGCUCUCUUUACAAAAAAGAGAGAGCCCUCGUUUCUUCACAGCACAGACAGAGUUGUCAUUGAGGACACCAUUAUUGAAUUGGAUGGAGAGAAGAAUAUAGAAGCAGACAAAAGUUGUGUUGAUCGAAGCAGUUUGUUUUGUGUUGAUAGUCCAGCCAAAGACGUAAAUAAAACACAGACCUCUACGUUUAAUGUAGAAAUAGAAGAAUUGGACACAGAAACAGUUAUAGAGGCUGUAAGUUUAGCAAAUGAUGUUGAAAGGUCAUUUGGAGAAGAGGUCAAAUCCACUGAGCCAAAAGUUCAAGUUGAGGGUAAGUGGCACACAGAAAGUGGACCAAUUAAUCCUGGGAAUAACAUAGUCAAAAACGAGGGUAGUGUUGGCGAAACACAACCAAAUACUGAUGAUGCCAAAAAAGAUUCACAAUGGAAAGAAGCUGAUUGUGAAGAUGAAGAAUCUAACUUUACUGGUGUAGUGAAAAGGAGAUUUACAUUAGAGGAAGACGAUGCCAAUGAUAAUGGAGUCCAGUGGGUGCCUUUCAUCAAAACCCAUACAGAGGUGAGCUGUAAAGAAACUGAGAAGAAACAUGUCCACUUCAAUGAAGUCAUAGAGGAAAAGUUGUUGGAGAAAGUUUCAGAUGAGGAAGAAAGUGACUGUAAUUCUGAGGAGGAAAAUGUUUCUACUGAUAGUUCACUAGGUGAGAUUGAAGAGGAAGAAAAUGAUGACAGUGAAAGUGAUGGAGAAAGGGAAUCUUCAGAUGAAAGUACGGAUGAAUCGAGUGAUGAUACAAAAGAAGAAAAUCAAUAUGGUCUUGAAACCACAGGUAGACCAUCAAAAUCCCCAGUGGAAAAACUGCAGGUAAAGUCUGGGAAAGAGUCCAAGUCACCACCUGCUAGUAAAAACAACAGUGUAGUUUCAGCCAAGUCUCCAGAUAGUAAUAAAAUACCAUCAGAUGACUUGGAAACAUUCAUGUAUUUACAGCCGUGUGACGAAGUGAUGGUAGUGGAGAAAAACAUGAAGAAUUUUUCAAUAAGGAAUGACAAAAUUUACAUAACUUGUAUCAAGCCUGCCAUUGUCAAUGAAACUUCACCUAGACCAGAAAGUCUUACCAAACUGUAUAAAAAUGGAUUCUCUCCAAUACAAAGUCCCUGUGUAGGAUCCAAUGGAGAUAUUUCAGCUAAAAGUCCUCGAUCAUUAAAAAACAGCUAUUCUCCAUCAAGAAGUCCUGGAUCUGUAGCCAAUGGAAAUUCUCUGACAGGAACUCUUCCGUCUGUUAUUAAGGGAGCAUCUCCAGGUACAGGUAGUGUCAACAAAUCUUCUGUCAUUGGACCCUCUCCAACACUUGGUGCACUUGAACUUAAAAUUGAUGAUAAGCAUCUUCAAGAAAUAGAUAAUAAAAUAAGAAAUGAUAAUUUUCUAGAACCAGGUGAGUCAGCUGCAUAUUUGAAGGUCAAACUUGGUGGUGGAGAUAGUGAUGAAUGGAAAGGAGAUGGUACUUCAAGGUCAUAUGUGAAGGAGAGCAUACAGAGACUUAAGUUAGAUGAUAAAGGACAGAGUGGAAAGAACAAACGUGCUGCGCCAGGUAGAGUUCGAUUCCAGAACCCUGGUACAGACUAUAGCAAGAAACCAGAACUAUGUCUACUAAAACUUGACUCAUUUGUUUCUAGUCCUCGUACUGUCACCAAGAAGGUUGGAAACAUUUUACGGGCCAAGGAAAAUAAAAGAGAGCGCCUUCCAGGAGAUGGUGAAGCAAGUCUGGAAGAGUUUGGUGAUGACGAUGAUGAUGGGAUCGACUGUCUAGAAGAUGAUUAUGUUGGCGGUUCUGAUGGUGAAUCAGAUGGCUAUUCCAUCACCAGCAGUAUUUCCAGACAAUCAUCUGCAGCUCGAUCGCGGGCAAGAUCUGCACGCCGCUCUGCAGCACGAUCUGCCAGCUCCACAAGUGGUGACGAUUCACGACCUCGCACUGCCAAGUUGUCAGCAUCGGCAACCACCACAACUGAACAGGAAAAAACACUUCACUCUCCUCUUCGACCAAGUCUUUUCCCAAAUAUUCCUCCCACUGUCAACUUUGUUGUCGAGGGUGAGAAAGUGGAACAGUUGCCAUGGGAAUAUAGAAAGCUUCUCAAGUGGAGAAUGAGUCCUAUAACACCAAACAUUGUCAAACACACCCUAGCUCGUGUAGGGUUUCGAAUCACCAAACGGAAUCAUGAUUGGCUGGGCUGUUGGGGUAAACACAUGAAAUCUCAGGGCUUCAAGGCAAUACGAGAAUAUCAGAAGUUGAACCAUUUCCCAGGUUCGUUUCAAAUCGGAAGAAAAGAUCGUCUUUGGAGGAACUUGUCCAAAAUGCAGUUGCAUUGUGGGAAAAAAGAAUAUGGCUUUUUCCCUCAGACUUUUGUUCUGCCAUAUGACAAUAAGUUAUUGAAACGUGCAUGGGAAGAUGGUGGCAACAAACAGAAGUGGAUAAUUAAACCUCCAGCAUCCGCACGUGGCAUCGGGAUUAAGGUUAUCAGCAAGUGGAACCAGAUACCUCGUAAACGAGCAGUGAUUGUACAGAGGUAUCUUGGGCGACCAUACCUAAUCAACGACAGCAAAUUUGACAUGAGGAUUUACGUGUAUGUCAGCAGCUAUGACCCACUGCGGGUGUACGUGUUUGAGGAUGGACUCGCAAGAUUUGCCUCAUGCAAGUACUCUUCAUCCAUGAAGAAUCUCAACAACAAAUUCAUGCAUCUCACCAACUACAGCAUUAACAAGAAAAAUGAUGAUUACCAGGCCAACGGUGAUGAGAAACUGUGUCAAGGUCACAAGUGGGGACUAAAGGCACUGUGGAACUACAUGAAGAGACAGGGUGUCAACACAGCCGCCAUUUGGGAAAAUAUAAAGGAUCUAGUCAUCAAGACAAUCGUGUGUGCGGACUCACCAAUCAACAGUAUGAUUAAGGCUAAUGUGCGUAGCCGCUACUGUAUACAUGAACUGUUUGGGUUUGACAUCUUACUGGACGAGAACCUGAAGCCAUGGAUCCUGGAGGUCAACAUCUCUCCAAGUUUACAUUCCAACUCCCAGCUGGAUAUCAAUAUUAAGGGACAGAUGAUUAGAGACCUUUUUAACAUCGCUGGUUUCCGUAUCCCUGAGAAAAAUGAUGUGGUUGUCCAUACCAACCAGCCAACCACUUCAGACUUCAGUAACCAUGUCCCUUCCAAUGACUACUGUAUGGACAAACGCUUGUUUGCCCAGAACCACUCACCGGAUGAGCGGAGCAAGCAUGCAUACUACAGCCAGCGACACCAAGACGAGCAAGUAUUGCAGACAAUCUUGGACGUAUUGACACCCGACGACAUAAGAAUAUUGACAGAAAGUAUUGACGAGGACAGUCGCAAGGGCUGUUUCCAGCGUGUGUUCCCCACUCCAAGCACACACAAAUACAUGCAUUUCUUUGAGACACAACGCUACUACAACUUACUGUUGGACCAGUAUGUACAACGCUUCAACAGGAUGGAACAAAAAGGUAUCGCUCUGCUAGAACUUUAUUGUGAUGAAGGUGUACAUCUCCAAAAUCCAACAGACAAUCCAUAUCACCAGUGGGCCCCACCAACUUCAGGUUUGAACAGUUUCCGCGGUGAGCCGCGGAUGCAAAGUGCACCACAGCCAAAACAUGACAUUCGUGCUGCCAUGCAUGUGAGGUCGAGUGUAUCAACUUCACAAUUGCCGAAAGUGUCUAAAAAGCCACCUCGAGCCCCUGCCGUAGCAAUCCACAGCCAUAGAACGGCAUCCCAGUCUAGUAGUGCAUCAUCAAUGACUUCACCUGGGGAAACAACGCCUAUUACAAAUUACGCAAAUGUUGCAUCAUUAUCAGCCACUAAGUCUAGAUGACUGGCGGUCCGUCUGCCCCCUCUCAAGGACCUCUUCAACGGUAAUGUGCCCAUGUUCAACUCCAAACGCUAUCAACGCCACCAUAACACAAAAU